AUGUCUUCCAUGGAGAAUGAAAAUAAUGGUGAUAAUGAUGAAAUGGUCGAUAUUGAUAAAGACGAUUCAAAUGAUGAUUCCAGUUCUAGUUCAUCAUCAUCGGAUGAAUUUGAAAGUUCAGAUUUCGAAUGUGAAGAUAAAGAUGAAAAAUAUAACAACAUAGUAAUAGAUAUUGAAAAACAAUUCUAUCUCAUACAAAAAUUAUAUAAAAAUGAAAAAAAUUUUGAAAUCGAUUCGAAAAUACAACAAAUAUUGGAUGGAAUAGCACCAGAAUAUCUGCAACCAUAUGAAGAAUUAAUUUCACAGAAUCGAAUUCGUAUAGAAAUAGCUGAAUUAAUACGGAAUUUUCGUCUGAAUAAUUUGAAUCAAUUUUAUGAUGCUGAAAAAUUGGCAGCCGAACAAAACUAUAAGAACGAAAAAGAAUUAUUAAAAGAUUCGAUACGUAAAGAUGUUGAAGAAAAGAUACAAAAAUUAAAUGAAGAACGUUAUAAAGCUGAUAGUGAAUUUUUUUCCGUAUCAAUUAAUUAUAUGAAAAAAUCAAGAAAAUAUUCUUAUAAUGAUGAUUAUAAUAAUAAUAAUAAUAAUAGUGGUGUUGGUGGUGGUGGUACAAGUGGCCAUAAUGAAAAACGACGAAAAGCUAUACCAAUAAGCGGUCCAUAUAUUAUACAUCGAUUAAAAGAAGAUGAAAUUAAAGAGGAUGUAAAUUUUAUUAAAUGUUGUUUGAGAUCACAGAAAAAUAAUUACAGUAUGCAUCAUAAUAAUCAUAAUCAUCAUCAUCAUCAAUAUUUGCAUCAUUUUUAAAUUUAAGAAGAAAAAAAAAACAUUCAUUUUUUUUGAAAAUAAUAAUAAUAAAUUUCCAUAUUUAUAAACAUAUAUUAUUUACGAAAACUACAUAAAACUGGACCAAUAUGUUCCA